AUGGCCCGUGGCCCCGCUCGAACCUGCCCGGAACCGGGGUCCCAACUGCUGUCGCUGCUGCCGCUGCUUUUACUGCUGCUCCGGGUCGCGGGCAGCAGUCACACGGCCCCGGCCCGGUCCGCCCCGCCCGCAGCUACCGACAGCCUGGCGGGGGACAAGGACCCCCAGCUGUUCCUGGGGGACGCGGCCGCCGCUCUGGGCCACGGCGCUCAGGACAUGGUAGCUGUCCACAUGCUCAGGCUUUAUGAGAAAUACAGUCGAAGGGGUGCGCGGCCUGGAGGGGGCAACACAGUCCGCAGCUUCCGGCCCAGGCUGGAAGUGAUCAACCAGAAGGCAGUGUAUUUCUUCAACUUGACUUCCAUGCAGGACUCGGAAAUGAUCCUCUCGGCCACAUUCCACUUCUACUCAGAGCCGAGGUGGCCCCGGGCCCGUGAGGUGCCAUGCAAGCAGCGUGCCAAGAACACAUCCUGCCGUCUGCUGCCCCCAGUCCCACCCUCACGCCAGCACCUGCUCUUCCACAGCCUCUCGCAGAACACAGCCACACAGGGGCUGCUCCGAGGGGCCAUGGCCCUGGCGCCCCCACCACGGGGCCUGUGGCAGGCCAAGGACAUCUCCCCCAUCGUUAAGGCGGCCCGCCGGGAUGGUGAGCUGCUCCUCUCUGCGCAGCUGGAUUCUGGGGAAAAGGACCAUGGGGCACUCAGGCCCAGCCCCCAUGCGCCCUACAUCCUCAUCUAUGCCAACGACCUGGCCAUCUCCGAGCCCAAUAGUGUGGCAGUGACACUGCAAAGAUAUGACCCCUUCCAAGCUGGAGAUCUGGAGCCCCGCGCAGCCCCCAACAGCUCGUCAGACCCCCGCGUGCGGCGAGCCACACAGGCCACUGGGCCCCUCCAGGACAACGAGCUGCCAGGGCUGGAUGAGAGGCCAGCCCAAGACGCCCACGCCCAGCUCUACCACAAGCACGAACUGUGGCCCGGCCCCUUCCGGGCGCUGAAGCCCCGGCCGGGGCGCAAGGACCGCAGGAAGAAGGGGCAAGAUGUGCUCAUGGCCUCAUCGCAGAUGCUGCACUUCGAUGAAAAGACGAUGCAGAAAGCCCGGAGGAAGCAGUGGGACGAGCCCAGGGUAUGCUCGCGGAGGUAUCUGAAGGUGGACUUUGCAGACAUUGGGUGGAAUGAAUGGAUCAUCUCCCCCAAAUCCUUUGACGCCUACUACUGCGCAGGAGCGUGUGAAUUCCCUAUGCCCAAGAUCGUCCGCCCAUCCAAUCACGCCACCAUCCAGAGCAUUGUCAGGGCCGUGGGCAUCGUCCCAGGCAUCCCAGAGCCCUGCUGUGUUCCCGACAAGAUGAACUCCCUUGGGGUCCUUUUCUUAGAUGAGAACCGGAACGUGGUUCUGAAGGUGUACCCAAACAUGUCCGUGGAGACGUGUGCCUGCCGGUAAGACCAGCCACUCCAGGAUGGAAGGAAACCUCCACCCCAUGCCCCACAGGGCAGCGUCCUCAGAGGCCCUGGAGUGAGAGAUUGACUGUGGUGCAGCUGCAAACACAGGGCAGCGCUCACAGGCAACGUUGCUGCAUCCCAGGAGCAUCUGUUUCCUAGGGCAUCAAUCUGGGUUUUUCAUUGACUUAGUCUCUAAAACAGCAUUUUGAAUCCCCUGAAGGAAUCUGGGAAUCAGUCCUGGCCUGAAGGCUGCCCAUCACCUGUGCCCUCUGCUCUGAAGGCCUGCAAACUGAACAUGUCCACAAUGUGGCUUUUGUGAUCAUCAUCUCGUAACCUACGAAGGAGACUGCAAAGCUGAGGGCACCCUCUCUUUUUGUGUGGAAAGAACCUUGUUUAAACAAUCAGUUUAAAACACUUCAGGCCACUUAUUGAUACUGGAAAACAGGGCCUAAAUAAUGAUAUAAAUGGGUGUUUUCUUUCAAACUCCACUGCAAAAGCUUUUAUACGUAAAAUAUGCACAUAUAUUUGAUUUCUUUUUCUUAAUAUGCAUUUUAUUUUAAAACAAAAGGUAGGGAGUUGUAACCAUUCCCCACAGAGGUAAUCAUGCUGGUUAAGUGUGCAUUGUUUAAACAUGCUUAUUGAAAUAACACAUGCAGUAAUAUGUUGGAAUACUAAAAAAUAACCAAUAUUUUUAUAUUUUUGUAAAUUAUACUUUCUAUACUGUAGAUUGUAUAUGUUAUGUGUUUUUAUGGAAAGCUAAUAAAUUAAAGGUACAGUGGUA